GUUAGUUUUCAACAUGGCGGCCAGCUGCUACUUCUUUGUGGCUGCUUUGCUGUUGCUCUGCAGCGGGGUUUUAAGUUUUCCUGUCGGCCAAGAGAAAAGAGACGCCACCACCUGCGGAUACCAGUCAUGUCAUGCCACCAAGCCCAGCAUGCUGAAUGUCCACCUGGUUCCUCACACACACGACGACGUGGGCUGGCUAAAGACCGUGGACCAGUACUUCUAUGGAGAUCGUAACGACAUCCAACACGCCGGCGUUCAGUACAUCCUGGACUCGGUGGUGGAUCAGCUGCUGAAGAACCCAGACAGACGGUUCAUCUACGUGGAGACGGGCUUCUUCUACCGCUGGUGGAAGCAGCAGAGCUCCAGCACGCAGCAGACGGUCAAGCAGCUGGUUAACCAAGGUCGGCUGGAGUUUGUAAAUGGUGGCUGGUGUAUGAGCGACGAGGCCACGACGCACUACAGCGCCGUCAUCGACCAGAUGACCAUCGGCCUGAGGUUUCUGAACGAGACCUUUGGGAUCUGCGGUUGGCCCAGGGUAGCCUGGCACAUUGACCCCUUUGGCCACGCCCGCGAACACGCCUCUCUUUUUGCACAGAUGGGAUACGACGGCUUCUUCUUCGGUCGCCUGGACUACCAGGACCGGACUCGCAGGAUGAAGGCGAAGGAGCAGGAGCUCCUCUGGAGAGCCUCAGACAGCCUCACACCCCCCAUGGCCGACCUUUUCACAGGAAUCCUUCCCAACGGGUACAACCCUCCAGAAGGGUUCUGCUGGGACCAGCUGUGCGCCGACGCACCAAUCAGAGACGACCCCGACCUUGAGGAUUAUAACGUUGACGAUGUUGUCCAGCGUUUCCUUCGCGCCGCCAAGAGUCAGGCGUUGGUGUACAAGACCAACCACAUCAUUAUGACCAUGGGCUCAGACUUCCAGUACGAGAACGCCAACCUGUGGUACAAGAACCUGGACAAGCUGAUCCGCUACGUCAACGACCAGCAGGGCAACGGCAGCAACGUCAACGUCCUCUAUUCCACUCCAUCCUGCUACCUGCAGGAGCUUCACAAAGCUAACCUCACCUGGCCUCUGAAGACGGAUGAUUUCUUUCCCUACGCGGACAACGCUCAUAACUUCUGGACGGGGUACUUCACAAGCCGACCGGCGCUGAAACGCUACGAGAGGAUCAGCAACAGCAACCUGCAGUCUUGUAAUCAGCUGGAGGUUCUGGGCGGUCCAGUUUCCAGGAAGGGGCUGUUUGGACAGGGUGACAGUGAGACUUUGAGGAAAGCAAUGGCUGUGGCUCAGCACCAUGACGCAGUGUCAGGAACAGAGAAACAACAUGUUGCUAACGACUACGCCAAGAUGCUAGCCAAAGGCUGGCAACACUGCCAGGUUUUGGUCAGCAACAGUUUGGCUUCCCUCACUGGCUCCUCUGCUGAAAGAAUCUACUGUGAUAAUCUCAACGUCAGUGUGUGUCCUCUAACCGAGUCCAGCAGCAAGUUCUCACUCAGUGUGUACAACCCUCUGGGUCGGUCCGUCACCUGGCCCGUCAGGCUGCCGGUCAACGGAACGGUGUACGCCGUCACUGACGCUCAAGGAAAACCCGUGGACUGUCAGGUGCUUCCUGUGUCCAGAGCCACGCAGGAAGUGAGGAGGAGCCGAGGCUUCGCCAGGAACGAGCUGGUGUUCCAGGUCCAAGCUCCUCCUCUGGGUUACAGCAGCUACUCUGUGUCCCUGCUGCAGGACGGGCGGCCAUCGUCCUCACCUCAACACCAGGCUCCCACCAGCAUCCAAAACAAGUUCCUUCAAGUCACCUUUGACCCUGACACUGGCCUUUUGUCCGGUCUCAGCAACCUGGAAACCAAACAGGCCAUAAAGCUUUCACAAAACUUCUACUGGUACAAUGCCAGUGACGGCAACAACGACGAGAGUCGUCAGACCUCUGGAGCCUACAUCUUCAGACCCAACUCCUCCACACCUGUCAUGGUCAGCAGUAAGGCCAGAGUGGAGAUCUUUCAGAACUCGGUGGUGCAGGAGGUGCGGCAGUGGUUCUCUCCCUGGGUGUCUCAGGUGGUCCGACUCUACCCCGACAGUAAAGCCGUGGAGCUGGAGUGGACGGUCGGACCGGUGCCGGUCAGUGAUGACCAGGGGAAGGAAGUGAUCACUCGUCUGGACACCAGCAUUAAAACCGCAGAGUUUUUCUACACCGACUCAAACGGCAGAGAAGUUCUCCAGAGAAAGAAAGAUUUCCGCCCCACAUGGCAGCUCAAGCAAACGGAACCCAUUGCUGGAAAUUAUUACCCCAUCAACUCUCGGGCCUUUCUAAAGGAUGACAAGGACCAACUCACAGUCGUGACAGAUCGCUCACAGGGAGGAGCGAGUAUAUACAACGGGUCUCUGGAGAUCAUGCUUCACCGCCGGCUGCUGCAUGACGACUACCGCGGUGUCGGUGAAGCCCUUGAUGAGAGUUCGGAGCUCUUCCCCGACGGCCUGGUGGUCCGCGGUCGCCACCUCCUCUCCCUGGAGCCGCCUGCCACCGCCGCAGACACACACCGCCCCCUGGCGCAGGAAGUGGUAUCACAACCGCUGCUGUCCUUCACAGAGGGAGACCUGAACCCUAACGCACGGCUGGAGUUUUCAGGCCUUCAAGCAUCGCUGCCCCCUGCUGUCCACCUCCUGACACUGAGUCAGUGGGACGAGGAGUCCGUCCUGCUCAGACUAGAGCAUCAGUUCCAGAGCUGGGAGAGCAAAGCCAGCUCCCAACCCGUCACAGUCAACCUUCAGAAGCUGUUUUCCACUCUGAAUGUUCUGGGUGUUUCUGAGCUGAACCUUUCAGCCAAUCAGUGGAAAGAUGAGAUGAAGCGUUUUGAUUGGUCUCCUGAAAAAGAAGAGAAACCCCUGCUGAAGACGUUUGAGGAUCCGUCUGCGUGGGAAAUCACCCUGAGGCCCAUGGAGAUCAGAACAUUUUUACUCAGGGUCACAUUUAAAUAACAAAUCAUAUCCAUCCCAGUGGUGGCUAAAUGUCCCUCUGAUCCAAACUGAGGAUUCCUCCAAUGUCACUUAAAUCUGCAGUGAAAGGGAUUGGAAAAUAAUUUUCAUUUAUGCCUGUGGAUUUUUUUGGGUUUUUUUUUUUUACUGUUUCCACUAGUGAUGGACAUUAAAUCACACAAUUUUCAAAUUUUAGCUGAAGCCAUCUUCAGACGCUGCUGUAACCGUCUUCUUUUCAGAAAAGCAAUCACCCAAAUUUCAGCUGAUUUAAAGACAACACUGCAGGAGUGAAAUAAAGCAACAACAAAAAUGUUAGAAUGACAGGAGCCACACGACAUGAAUAAAACCUGAAACAAUGACUUUAUUAUAAGUGAAACUGCUGCUGAACAGCCCACAACACUUCCUGUCAUAUUCCAAAAUAUUAACAAUAUUUACUUUUUCAGUUUGCAUUCACUUAGGGUUAUCAAAUUGUCUUCACAGGACUUUUUUUAAUCCACCCAUAAUAUUCCUCAGUACAAUGCUGUUCCUGUUACCGCCCCCUUGUGGCAGCAAUAAAACAUUACAACUAGACUAUUAAUAAAAGGAAGCUCUUAAGAUCUUUGGAUCUUUCCAACUUGGAGCAAUGACUGUAUCUCUGAAGUUAGUUUCUGCUGCAAAGCGCUUUAAUCCUCUGAUUUUUCUUCACUGUAUUAUGCUACAAUGUGAACAGACUGUUUAAAACCCACUUUUUGCAACUUUUUUUUUGCAAAUAUUGAAAUUGGCAUAUAUCUGUAGGUUCCAUCAGUGGCUCAAAACUUAAAUUCAUUAAUGGUUUGGACUAAAACUGGAGCUGUGAUGAGGAAUAUUUUGGGUAAAAGAACAAUCUAUACAUGGAUCCAAGCAAAAAUCUAUUUUUAUAAAAAAUGAGAAAGGUAGGUUUGUUUCCAGGAAUUAUCCAUAACUGGAUAAAAAUCUUAAUUUUGUUUUCACUGUGAAGUUUCUGAACCAUCUGCACAUUUGUAAACAAUUUGAAAAUGUAGAUAAAGGAUUAUUUCCAUGUCUGUAAAAACAAUUGACUGUCUUUUUUUACCAACUGGUGCCAAAAUUUACUGACCAACAUGUGCAAUAUUUUGUUUUACUCAUGUAUGUACAUACAUGUUUUUACAGCUGAACAAGCAUCUUAUAAUAAAAUUCUGGUCAUUUGCA